AUCAAUUUUCCUCGUGAAACUUUCUUCUUCCCGCCAAUGAGAGAUUUUUGGCGCCAAGUAGAUGGUGCUGAUGUCGUCAAACGCCGCUGUUUCACAUAACCUCACUUUUGUGGAAAUUGUCUGUUUAACAAUGUCAGACCAUAGUUCAGACUACCAACUAUCAGACGAUGCUGUAAACUACAAGUCAAUCAGCUGCGAACAAAUUCCCGAACAAUUCCUGGACAAGACGAUUGCCAAGGAGCAUUUUGGUCAAUUUGGACCCAUUAGGAGGUUUAUCCUGAGACCAAAGAGAUUUGCUUGCCAAGUGGACUAUGAGACGACAGAUGCAGCAGAAAAUGCAUUGAUGGAUGGCGGAGUGUUCAAUAAUCAUGAAUUCAGGAUAUUUUUCACCCCGAAAGAAGCCCCAAAGUCCAAGCUACUCGAUGAAUAUGUUGAUCCGGACGUGCAGGCUGAACUGGAAGCCAUGGGAACUGUGCCAAUGGCAAAGAUUUCCUCACCAAGGCAGAGUAUUUCAGAAGUUCUCAGGGAUAAAAUUGAGAGAAGAACGAAGUUUGGGCAAAAGGCUGAUCCGGGAGUUAAAGUAGCACCAGCAUCGGCUCUUCCGGCUGUCAAUCCAACGACAAGAGCAGAAAUUGAGGCAGUUCUGAGGAAACCGGCUUUCACUCCAGAAGAAAGAUAUCGCGUGCUAGAUGCUAGGGAUAAACUGAUGAGACUGUCAAUGACCAAGACGUUGGAUAUCAAAAAGGCAGAAGCUACAAAGGGAAUAUGUCCGGAUAUGUGUCCGGAAAAGGAGAGAUUGAUGCGUCAGGCUAAAAAACAAGUGGCGUCCUUUGAGAUGGAUCAACGGGGAAAUUUGAAGCAUCAUUUGGCUGUUAAGCAGUAUUCAAGGAGUUCGGCUGAUCAGGAAUCAGCCUUGCCCCAUGAAUUGCGUCCAGAGCCAGUACUUCGGAUGACAAUGAACUAUCUUCUGCACAAUAUUGUGAAUUUGUGUGAUGUGGCUGAAACUAAUAUGUCAGAUUGGUUUCACUUUCUGUGGGAUCGUACGCGGAGUAUUCGGAAGGAUAUAACACAACAGGAACUCUGUAGUCAGGAUUCAGUUGUACUUGUUGAGCAAUGUGCACGAUUUCACAUUCACUGUUCAGCCAGAUUAAUUGCUGAAGAUCCAUCGGUUUUUGAUCAAAAGAUAAAUACUGAGAAUCUCACAAAAUGCCUGCAAUCGUUGAAGUACAUGUACCAUGAUUUGGCUCUUAAAGGGGAAAUGUGUCCGAAUGAGGCAGAAUUUCGGGGAUAUAUUAUAUUGCUGAAUCUCCAGGAUAGUAAUUUUUUGUGGGAGAUUAAGCAAUUGCCGGAGAGUGUACAGAGAUCGGAAGAAGUGAGAUUUGCCAUUGAGGUUUUUCUGGCCAUGGAAAGCAACAAUUAUGUGAAAUUUUUCCAAUUGGUCAGGAAGACGAGUUACAUGAAUGCCUGUAUCCUCUUGAGGUAUUUUAUACAGGUGCGAGCUAGGGCUCUGGAAGUUAUUGUGAAGGCGUAUACGGUUAGGGGACCAGUGGUAUUUUCAUUGAGGCAUUUGAUGUACAUUCUGGCUUUUGAGGAUGCUGAGAGUACAGUACAAUUUGCUGAAUACUAUGGAUUGCAAUCAUCUCAGGAUGAUGAUGAGGUGAUAUUGAAUAAGAAUAGUUUCUAUCAUCCGGAUAUGCCAUUUCUCCUGGACAGAGCAAUCAAUGUGGUUGAGCAUAAGAGAAUUUGUUCUGUGGGCGAAGCUAUAAGUAAGAGUGCUCUGGAACCGAGGGAAUCCUUUGAGAAGCAUCAGCCACAUGAUAGUUUCGAUGAGAAGGGAUUUCUCACGGAAGAUGCCUGGGCAGCAUUGGAUAUUGCCAAGAAGCCCAAAGUGAUGAGAGAUGAGAUAGAUACAACAAUGGAUAAUAUUUUCAAAAUUCCCUCAGGAUCUCCACCAAUUUCACCCAAAAAUGCCAAUUCAGCUUUUAGUAGGACUUCCUUUGCACCUUUUCAGCCACGCGUGGACUCUCCCAAAUUUUCUCUUGCCCAGAAAAUUCAUCAGGAAGAGACAACACCACCGAGAUUUCAAUUGCAGGAACCUAAGAGUGUUUUUGCAUCUCUCAUCCCGAUUUCCAGUUCACCAGCUUCUCCAGGAACUGGCCAGGUGAAGCCGAUUCAGAGGACUCAACCAUUUUCGCUGAAUUUCAAGGCAGCAUCUGACAUUCGAGCUCCGAUUUCUAAUAUUUUUGGAGGAGCAGCUAGUGCUUUUACUUCCGUGGCUAGUCAUCCUCCUCCAGAUGGAUUCUUCGGGGCUGGGGCGAAGAAGGCACAGGCCGAGGAGCAGGAGCGAUUGAUGAAGCGAGAGCAGGAAGAGAAGGAACGGAAAAGGAAGGAACGAGAGGAAGAAUUGAGGAAGAUGAAGGAAGAAGAAGAGGAAUUGCGUGUUCAACGGGCAAAACUUGAGGAACAAGUGAUGAAAGCGAGAAAAAUUGAUAGAACUUCCAAGGAAACUUUCGAUGAAAUCCUCCAGGAAGUUGCUGCAGAAGAAUGUGAAAAGGCAGCAGAGGAAGAAAUUGAACUCUACCAAGUCAUUCAGGAGAAUAUUGAGGAAGUUUCUCAGCAGAUUAUUGAGGAAGUGACUGAUGAAUUGGCCGAGAGGAUUGUCUGUGAGGAAUAUAUUGUCAAAAGGAGCCUUCUGGUCAGAGAUAUCAGGAAAUUGUCCAAGUGUUUCAAUGCUUGGAGGCAAUUUACCCUAGAGAAAAUUAACAGGAGAAAUAUCAUCAAUAAUACGCCCAUUUGGCUGCCAACAGAAUCCCUGGAGAAGCAAGUUGAGAAUUUUAGGCAUCCUCAUCAGGAUGCAACAAUUGAAUUGCGUUCCAGGUACUUGAGGGGCAUUCCGGAUGAAUUAAAUCUCAGUCGAAAGCCGACAAAUGCCAUUGAUAUUUUUGGUGAGAUUGGUCAAAUGGUCCUUGGGAGAGUGAGAAAGGUCAAGGAGCGAGGCAUUCUCAGAUCUCAUCACUAUUGGAAAGUCCUAGUGUCCAUUCCGGAUGAAGGAGAGGAAACUGUUGGAUUCACCGGGUACAUCAGUAAGUGGCUUGAGGAGAUUUUUCAGAGGACAAUUGACAGAAAAGACAAGAAUAUUCUGUUUCUCGAACAGAAUCACGUGAAGAAUUGUCAGGAGAUUCUGGCAGUUUCAGUGGAAACUAUCCGGGGGAUUGGUCAUUUCAGAGAAAAUGGGAAGAAAUUCGAUGUUAGUCGAGACACAUUUCAUGGAAUUGUGUUUAUACUAACUGUUGGGAAUUUCGAAAAUUCCCGGAAAAGACUUUCGAAACUUUUAAGCACAAAUCCUGAGAUUCCUGUCUCUAUAAUAGUCUACAAUGGACAUUCAGUGACACCUGAGGAUGUCAAAUCCAUCUUGAAAGUCAAUUCUGCCUUCAAUCUUCUGAAGAUUUAUGACGAGAAUCGUCGAAAAUGCAAAGAAUCUCUGGGAAAAAUUUUCGAAGAUGGCUUAAAAUUCUGCGCUGAAAAUUACAAUUACAGCCAAAAUUUGGAAAUGGGAAGGACUUGGGUGAUUCUAGAUGAGACUCUGGGUAGUGUCUUGUGGAGGCGUCUUCAUCUUUCAGCUCAGAUUAAUCCCAAAUUGUCUGCAAUUUCGCACAAUAUCAAUUUUGUCAUUACACUGUACAACAAUGCAGUGAAGGCGAUCAGGAGAUUUGCUAAGGAAGAUACAUUUGAGGAUUAUCCGGAUUUCCCAGAAGAAUUUCGACAAUUUGUCCCAGCACAUCUUGGAGAGAGUUUUAUCACGUGUGAAAAUUUCCCAAAAGACUGGCGGAAUAGGAAUCGCCUAAGGAUUCUCUAUGAUUUUCUCUCAAAGCUCAUCCUUCCGCCUUUUACCUUCUCCGGCAAGGUUUUCAAUUCCAGGGACAUUGAGAGAGAACUGAGAAAGUAUUUGGGGGAAUUUUUGCUUCCAGAGAGUCUCAAUAGGGUCACGUAUGGGAUUAUGGAGCCAAUUCUAGCGACAGAGAUUAAUGAAAGUAUCUCUUGGUUGCGUCCAAUUGAAGUGAUUGCCCUGGAGAGACUGACCAUGGGCUUCAGGGAGACGCAAUUGCCCCAAGAGAUGGUGUAUGAGCGUGCUAGUUUGGAAGAUUACAGAACACGUCCCUGGUGGUUGACUGAUGAUCUCCUGGGAGGAGUUUCAGUGGAACUGGACGAAGAGCCUGAAAUGAAGAAGCGAAAGCAAGAACAACCUUUGAAUCUCGAUGAUGUUCUCCAAGCAGCAGAUCAAUCAAUCAAGAAGGCCAAUGAAAAGCUACAAAAAUGUCAGACAAUUGUUUCAGCUUCCUGUGCAAUUUCCCGGGAGUUGGACACGAAGCUGAUGAAGCAGGAGGAGAACAAUAGGCAAAUAAAUCGGAUUUUGCGCGAGAGAUUCUCUCAGUAAAAUAAAGACAAUCAAUGUAAUUAU